UCCCGCCUUCUUUCUCUCACGUUUUCACAUCAUUUCGCGGUUGCCUGCCUGCUGAUUAAUUGGGCGACAUUUCUGAACUUACACUUUCUUUGUGAAGAAAAGAGGUACGGCUGCAUUAAAACAUAAUCAUGGUCCAGGCUAAGUCGUGGAUUCUGGCAAAACACUUUGAUGGCUUCCCAAAGGACAGCGACUUUAAGCUUGUGGUGGAGGAGCUCCCCGAACCCAAAGAUGGAGAGGUGCUUUUGGAAGCCGCUUUUCUCAGUGUGGAUCCAUACAUGAGGCCGUUCAGCAGGGUCCGUAUGAAAGAAGGAGACGUCAUGAUUGGAACUCAAGUGUCAAAAGUUAUCCAAAGCAAAAACCCAGCAUUUCCUGUUGGAAGGCACGUUGUAAGUCAUUGUGGUUGGAGGAGCCACGCUGUCUCUGAUGGGACUGACCUCAUCCCCAUCAUGCCCAACUGGCCUCAAGAUGUGUCAUUGUCACUGGCUCUGGGAACAAUUGGCAUGCCAGGACUGACAGCUCUGUAUGGGAUAGAGGAAGUUUUGGGAUUGCAGAAAGGUGAGACCCUGCUGGUGAAUGCUGCAGCUGGAGCAGUGGGCUCUGUGGUGGGACAGAUUGCCAAGAUCAAGGGCUGUAAGGUGGUGGGCUCAGCAGGAUCUGAUGCUAAAGUGGCUUACCUCAAAGACCUGGGAUUUGACGAGGCCUUCAACUAUAAAACUGUCAGCUCCCUGGAAGAAGCGCUGAGGAAGGCCUCUCCUGAUGGAUAUGACUGUUUCUUUGAAAAUGUUGGAGGUCUUUUUUCAAGUGUUGCUUUACAACAGAUGAAGAACCUUGGAAGAAUAGCCGUGUGUGGAAGUAUCUCCACAUACAAUGAUGGUACACCCCAGACAGGACCCUUUCCACAUUUGACUAUGAUCUUUAAGCAGCUUAAGAUGGAGGGUUUCAUGCAAAGCAGAUGGGAACACAAACAUCCUGAAAGCCUAAAGAGACUGAUGGCAUGGUUGAAAGAGGGGAAACUGCACUAUCGAGAGCACAUCACAAAAGGCUUUGAAAACAUGCCAGCUGCUUUUAUGGGGAUGCUGCAGGGAGAAAACAUCGGCAAGGCCAUUGUAGCAGUCUGAUAUGUUGCCAGUAAAUGACAGCAUUAAACAACUCUUACAGAGCAACAUACUUAUAACCACUAUAGUACAGUCAUAUAAGCGUGUCAGUGUACAUUUAUCUUAAAUGCUUUUCUGAAUACAAAUGAUGUAUUUGAUCUGUGCUCUAGUCUGCCAUUUUAAGCAGUGAUGUAUAACUUCAAGCAUCCCUUCUUGAGUUGUUCGUGGCUAAUCUGAAACCAGAUCUGCUUUAAAAAGUCUCUGAAGCAUCAUGCGUUUUAUGUGUUAUUGACUUACUUUUUCUAGUAACAUAUGCACUGUUUUUCUAUUUGUACACUAAAAUGUUUCACCAUCUUCGUUGCUAAGGUGAUAUGACACGAGACUGUUAAGUUACAUGAGCAGUGUCCAGUUAAACACUCAUAAACUAUCAUAAUAUACUGCUUUAUCGUUACUGUAAGCCUUUGUAUGGAAAAUAAAGGUUCCCAUUUGCAUCUUCAA